UUGUAGUGGUGAAAAAUCUCUGCGGUCAUGCUGCCCUACCCUGCCAUGAUUCUCCUUUUCUUCUGUUGCAGCAAGAAGUUGCUGCCAAGAUUGAAAUUCUGUUACUGCCUUGGGCUCUUUCUGUCAAUUUUAUUGUAGACCCAUCAAACUACGUUUUGCGACCUUCCUGAUCUUUCAACUUUCAUCUCUACUCACAGGCUCAAGAGUGCCCCUCUGCUGAUUACAGCAAAGAUUCAUGGCGCGCAACUCGAGAUCGGCAGCCUUGGUGCUGCUUGCAGUGGCCUGCCUUGCCUUUCAGGCAAUCACACAGGCAUUUGUGGCGCCAAGCCUGAACAGGAGAGAUGCACUCCAGGCAGCUGGUUUCUCUAUGGCCACUCUUGGCAGCCAGGCAGUCUGGGCCGAUGCGCAGGGCGAGCCCACCGCAUGCCUUAUUAGGUAUGGGCCCCAGAUCUUGAAGCUGAAGGAUGCCGUUGAUAAGGGUGACCUGGAAACCAUUCUGAAGAAGGAGCCAAAGUUCAAGCUGCUGAACAGCUACUGGCGCAACGACCCGGCCCUGUUUGAAAAGUACUCCACCCUGUCGGAGAAGCUGCUGGAGGCUGCCGAUGAGGGAAAGAAGGAUGAAGUGAAGAAGCUCUACCAGGAAUACACGUCGGAUUCAGUCUUUGAGCCCUUGAAGCAGCCCAUCAAGCGCAACAAGAACACCAUGACCAUGUUCUCCUAUGGGGCCGGCAAGUCAUACAACGACGCGUGAGUGAUUUAACAGCGGCGUUUAGAAUCUGGUAGGACAUCCAUGUCCUAGAUUCGGCAGUGCAG